AAUUGUUGUAGAUAUUUUGUGAGACCAGCAGCGACGCGUAUCGGCUUCAAAAGUAACUUCAACAUCGACAAAGUGCAUAUUCGCGAGCUCUGAGGAUAAUAGCCACCUAUAGAUGCGAAAAUCAGCCAUCUUGAAAGUUUUGCCAACAAUGAAAUUGGCUGGCCUGCCAAGAAAAAUAUCGUGCAGAAAAAAACUUGUCAGCAAACAAAAGAAAGUAAAAGAAAAAUCGCGAUCCCCAUCAAGAGAGAAAGGAUAGCCACAUAACCUGCAGUACUCGACGCAUCCACCCACGCGCGACAGAGCAAAUCUCGAUAUAGCUUUUUGCUGCAUUCUACACUAUAUAAGUACUUAACUUACUUGUGUAACAACACAGCACAGACGAUUGUAAGCAGUCGUGCAGAGGUCGUCCACGUUCUCUCAUGUCGUAGUGGGCAGCCGGACGAUGUCCAGGAACCUGUACAGCAUCGUCGAGUAUCACUCGAAGCAGGAGAGGAACAGCUGCGGCUAUUGUCGUAGUCCUAACACCAGCUACAGUCAUGGCAUGACCACUCAACUUUUGACUGUACAACACUAUCAGAGUUUGAUAGACAGAGGAUGGAGACGAAGUGGUUGUUACUGUUAUAAACCUAUGAUGAAACGUACCUGCUGUCCUCAUUAUACAAUAAAAUGUGACGCUUUAGAUUUUAAACUCUCCAAAUCUCAGAAAAAAAUUUUGAAGCGUAUGGUAAAGUUCCUGAAGAAUGAACUAUCAAAAGAAGAAGAAAAAAAAGCUAGUCGAAUUGGAUGUGACGAAGAUAUAGUUAGGGGUAUGGAGAUUCCAGAUUACUCUAUGUUUACAGAGAGAGCAGAUACAGAUGCAUCUAAAAUGCAAGUGACUUCUGUAUCAGAAGAGCUUAGUCAUAGAUUGAAUUCUACUGUAGAUAAUACUAAUUUAAAUACUAGUACAAGCAAACCACCUGACAAAAUUAUUGCAAGUACUCCAACUCAGCCUAUGGAAACUUCAAGUAAUGAAUUAAGACGCGCAAAUUUCGAUUCAACUCGAGCCCCGCAAAAGAAAGCGAAGCAAUUACGUAUUGAAAGAAAACAACAGAAACUAUUAGCCCAGGGUAAAACAAUGGAAGAAAUUAAUGCCAUCAUGAAGAAAAAUAGGCCUCAAAAUACUGGAAAAACUCUGGAAGAUUUCUUUGACGAAAUUGGCAAGUGCUCCAACAAGUUAGAGUUGAGACUAGUUAGAACGUCGCCGCCAAGCGAUGGUUACAAGAAAAACGCUAAAGAGUCUUUUCAAGUUUAUAAAAAGUAUCAAACCUCAAUACAUGGUGAUAAGUUGUCAAAACUUUCAGAAGAAAGGUACGCAAGGUUUUUGGUCAGAUCUCCUUUAAGGAUGAAAUUAGUAAGAGUCAUGUCAGAAGAAUUUCUUGAAACGCUUGACAAGAGUGCAAAACUUUAUAAAAAGUAUCAAAUGACAAUUCAUAAAGAUAAGCCUAAGAAUUGUGACAAGAGAGCUUUUUUUGAUUUCCUUGUCAGAAGUCCAUUGCAGCAAUGGAUACCGGAAGAUGGUCCCCCUGCUGGUUAUGGAUCAUUUCAUGAGCAAUAUUGGCUUAAUGGUGUUCUAAUAGCUGUGGCAGUUAUUGACAUUUUGCCAUCGUGUGUAUCUAGUGUUUACUUUUUUUAUGACCCAGCAUACUCUUACUUAUCUUUAGGAACAUUUAGUUCACUUAGAGAAGUAUUUCUGACUCGACAAUUAAAUAAGUAUUCUCCUGACCUAAAGUAUUAUUAUAUGGGAUAUUAUAUACACUCUUGCAUGAAAAUGCGUUACAAAGCAAAAAUGAGACCGUCAAAACUUCUUUGUCCAGAAACAUAUGUUUGGUGUGAUAUUGACAAAUGUUUGCCAAAGCUAGAUGCUUCAAAGUACAGUAGAUUGAAUGAAGAUUUGGAAGCUGUAGAUGAAAAUGGUGAAGUUGAUACUAACCAGGUUUUGAUACUUUAUCAUAAUAAAGCAAUGAUGUAUGGAGUUUACAGAAGACACGUCCAAAAUGAAGUCGUUGAUAAUGAAAUAAAAGAGUAUGCACCUUUAGUUGGUAAACAAUGUGCUUUAAACAUGCUAUAUUUUAUUGAUUGAUAAACUAAACUGUAGAUUAAAUGUUUGAUUUUGAACAGCCAUGAAAUGCAUUGAUAAUUGACAAAUUUUGAAAAAUAAUGAAGGAAGUAAUGAUCUUUUCAAACAACUUGUACAUUCUAAAUUCUUUUUUUUUUAUUUAUUGCGUUAACGUUUUUCAAAAUGAAAAAUAUUCCAAGUAACACUGACAAAAUUGAUUUUCGACACAUAAUGAGUUCAUUUCUGGCCCGUAAAAUAAAAACUUUGGAAUAUUUAGUGCUGUGGUACAACGUUUGAUUAAAAUUUGUAUUUUAUAUUCUAAGAUUAA